GGAGCUGCCAAUCAUGGUAGCAAUAAACAGACAAGCAGCGAAUAAACGCAACGACGUGGUUCUUGUAGCUAAUCGCGUGUGUUCUUUCAACGAGAACCAUAUGACUUGGAAGUUGCGAAGAAAGGCGAGGAAGGACAAUGCCAGGUCUGCGGGCAAACGUAUUGGGGGAUUGUGUAAGAUAGAUGAGGCGGCUGGAGAAUUGAAGCUUCAUUUGACGAAUAGCUCGGCUAAACGUCGCGAUGUGUGGUCAAAGCAGGGGAAUAUUGGUGGGUGGGUGGGUGACGAUGAAGAUGAUGAUGAUAGUUCGCAGUUCGGGUCCCGGUCUGUUCCUGACCCAGCCCCAGCCUUAACUGUUCUCCUCCUGCCAGGUGGCUAUCCAGGUGUGGCUCUGCGAGUUUGUGGUCCAAAUAUGGUUCGGCCAUUGCAUUCCGAUGAAUGGGUCCGGGCGUGUCAAAUCCACUCCCGAGCCACACAAGGCCCAGGAAGACGGACAAAUCCCUGGCUUGAGUCACGCCAAGUACAUGCUAAGUGGAUUGGCCAAUAUCACGAUGAACAAUGGUCAAUGCCCAGCGCUGACGGGACGCAACUGGCUGGUGGGAUGCAGCCCCUUUCGUGGUUGAAUGGUGAUCCCCAGUGGCUGCCUUGCCCUAACUCCGCCCCAGCCCACGGUUUAGUGCCGUCCGGGGUAUCACAUGACCUGCUGCCAGCAUAUCAACGUCGUCGCUCGCAUUCCCACUUCCUUUCUCUUUCUCCUCUCUUCCUCACGCUUCUCAAGAGCUGA